GCCAACAGGGAUGAACAGUUGCUUCCACUUUCCAAAGUUCGGAAUAACCCAGGAAUUCUUUGAAGGCAUCGUCGUCAUGUUGCACAACGGAGGAGGAUGAGCGAACAUCUGCAUCUUUUCAACUUCACAGGAGCUGGAGGAGUGACUCCCUUCAUAAUGAACUGUGCUGUGAUUCUUCUAUUAACAUCGGGCUGCUUCACCUGGUCCUCAGCUAUAUAUACCCCCCACAGGGCAGCACCCAAGAAGCUGAAGUACCUCCUGGAGCCGCCUGUUUACGCCGAGGUGGUUACCCGAAGGGGAGAAAACGCCACCUUGCCGUGUAUUCUGAGAACCAAACCCAGCCAUUACAAAGUGAAAUGGACCAAGCUGGAGUCAGAACACGUAGGUCGGGAGAACAUUAUCAUGAUAUCAAACGCACAUGCCUUCAAGCCAUACGGCCAUCUCGGGCCGCGGGCUUCUCUUCGGAAGGCUCACACCAUGGACGCCUCCCUGCAGCUCAGCCGCCUUGAGCUGGAAGAUGGCGGCACGUACCGCUGCGAGCUCGUCAACGGCAUCGAGGAUGAGAGUGUUGCCAUUACUUUGAGGAUUGAAGGAGUGGUGUUUCCGUAUCAGAGUAAAAAUGGCCGCUACAAAUUCACUUUCCAUGAGGCCAAGGAGGUUUGUGCUGAGCAAGACGGCACAUUAGCCUCAUACAACCAGCUGUUCAGAGCGUGGACGGAGGGUCUGGACUGGUGCAAUGCCGGCUGGCUCCGUGAUGGGACUGUUCAUUACCCCAUUAUUCAUCCGCGACCCGCCUGUGGAGGAGACCUGCUCCCCGGCAUCCGUAGUUAUGGGCCGAAGGACAAGACCAACGAUCGGUUCGACGCUUUCUGCUUCACCUCGCAGACAUCUGGCUCUGUCUCCUACAUAUCGGGCUCUUUCUCCUUCGAGCAGGCAGAACACUCAUGCCAACGUCAGGGAGCUGAGUUGGCGUUGGUCGGCCAACUUUACUCUGCCUGGCGAUUCCAAAACUACGACCAGUGUGAUGGCGGAUGGCUGAAGGACGCCAGCGUACGGUUUCCCAUCAGCAAGCCCAGGGAGCACUGUGGGGGCGUCCCGGAACCAGGGGUGCGCUCAUUUGGAUUCCCCAACAAGACGAUGCAUCUGUACGGUGCCUUUUGCUAUAAGUAGCCCCAAAAUAAAGAAUAAAUACACUUCUCACAUCCGUUUCUCAACACAGCUGUGAGUCUAAGCAAGAAAACCAGAGGCCCAGAACUUACUGCGCAACAUAUACAGCUUGAUCUGCCAACCGAUGAGCAAGAAAAUUCACAUCUGAAGCUACAGACCAUUACGGACUGUAUAAUUAUAAGUUUAUAUUUAAAAAUGAAAUACUUAAUUCUUAAACAAAAGGCCCUUUUUACAUCUAACUUAGGCGAUGCAGAACAUUGCAAGCACAAACAUUUUUGGAGACCAAAUAUAGGUUGGACAGCCAUGGAUGUGGCUUAUGUCUUCCAUUUCAGAUAAAUAAAAUGAACUAAGAUAUAAAGACUUUUUUUCCAGGAUGCUUGUAGUUUGUCUAUGAGCUACAGGCUAAGAUAGUGUGUGUGUGUGUGUGUGUGUGUGUGUGUGUGUGUGUUUAUUUUGGAAACAACAAACCACUUUGACCAAUGGAAAAAUUCGCCAACCCUGUCUCUUAAAAAAAAGUGACGUUCCCAUACAAGUAAACUGCAUUCUCAAUUGUGUUUCAAGAGAAACACUAAAAUGUUUGUUAUGUAACUUUAGUUCUGUGAAUGCGGAUUUUGAAUAGAAACAGAUUAGUGAUGUGUCAAAGAAAUACUUUACCCUUGAAAUAUUUGAGAAUGAGAAUUGGUUUAAUGGAAACGUAAUUUUAAGGAGACAGGGAAAUGAAAGAAAAUGAUAUAUAUACACACACAAUCAUCAAUCUUGCACUAAACUUGUAAUAACGUGUUAAAUUCCUACAAAAAGAUAAGCAUGUAAAACAUGUUUGGUUAAUUCUGGGUCAAUCACUGCACUGCCGGCGUGUCCAUUUAACACGAGACCAAACUGCUUCCUGCGAACUUAUACAAAGAAGCUAAAAUUCUGAACUGUAAAUAACACUGUUGGUUACG